GUUUCUUAUAUGCUUAACUCUAUGAUAUUCAUAUUAUUUUAAUUAUAUUUUUCACCUUUAUCAUAUAUUUUUUAUGUUUUUUUACGGCCGGAUAGCACUGGCAGCUAUGGCCUUAAAACCACUGAUCAUUUAUAUUUGACGUCAAAUGUCAAAGUAAUGUUUACUAAUUUCUAAAUUCUGAAAAAUCUUAAUUUUAUGUUUUAAUUAAAUAAUUUUUAAGCUUUCCGAUGGCCGAUGAAGAUGAAAUAGAUAUUUUAGGAGACUUUACUUUAGGCGCUUACUCUUCAGAAGGUGGCCAAAGCAUAUUAGACAAUGCCGAGUUAGUUUCUCAAAAUUCGGAUUUACUCAAUUGCGACUACACGAUACACCCUCAAUGGUUGUUAGAUAAGCCCAGCGCUAACCCAGAUAACUGGUAUACAACCACAGCCUCUGUGUCUACUGAUACAGAGUCUAAUAACGAACAAGAUGCUUUGGGUCAUAUCUCGACAGAAAACUGCAUCACGGAUGAAAGUGGCUGGACUGAGAAAGAAAAAAGCUUGUUACACAGAGGCAUCGAGAUUUUUGGAAAGAGCAGCGUCAGGUUGUCUCAAUUUGUAGGCUCUAAAACAUCUUCAGAAGUGAAAUAUUACUUAAAAAAUUAUUUUUCUGAAAAUCAAAGCUUGUACAGACAUGAAUCUGAUAAUAAUACAGCAGUUACAGAGCUGCCUCAAGAGGAAAUUGGCACAGAAGUCUUGCAUUCUGAUCAAAUACCAGCAAGUAUAGAGGAGGUUAUUGCUGUUGUUAGUACAGGAAAUGUUACAGCAAAUCCAUACAAAAAAGUGAGGAAAAAAAGUUCUAGUAGUUCUAGCGGUGCUUCUCAGGGAGCUACAGUAUCAUUCAGCGAUAUAAAGAACAGUAAAUCUCCAGAAAAACGAAAAUAUUUGAAAAAAGUUCAGAAAUUCAAGAGUUCCAAGUCACAAAUCAAUAAAAAAGCUGUUAAAUUUAAAGUUAAAUCGAAAAAUCAGCAGGAAAGUAGGUUGAUCUUGCCAAAAGUAGUUGAAAAUGUUGAAACUAAAAUUGUAAGGCCUGAAAUAACAACUGGUAAAGGUUUAUCGGUGCCAGUAUGCGACGGUGAAGAAAUUGUAAAAAUUGAAAAAGUUGAAGAUGAUUCUAGUGAUAUUAGUAUUGAUAUUGAAGAUACAGAAGAAACCGACAAUGCAGGACCUAAUAAAAUAUCAAUUAUCAAACCUGAAACUAAUGAAGUUAAAGAAAACGAAGAGAAAAUUAGUGAGCAUGAAAAAGAUACUCAAAACACAAUAAACAUAAACGAAAUGGAUGAAGAGAUUGCUAAACAAUUAACCAGCUUAGAGCAUCCAACUAGCGAAGUAUUGCUAGAUGAAAACGUACCUAGUGAGCUAGAAAAAGUGGCCAAUUAUGAAUUUUUCGAAGGGAGAACUUCAAAAACACCAGAAAGAUAUUUAAAGAUUAGAAACCAUAUACUGAAUAACUGGAUAAAUUCACGCCCAAAGUACGUAUACAAGACGGCAAUGCGUUUCGGUUUAAAAAAUUGCGGAGACGUCACUUGUAUCAGCAGAAUUCACUAUUUUUUAGAACAAAUAGGAGCUAUAAACUUUGGAUGUGAACAAACGAAAUACGAACGACCCUUGUACAGGGUGCUACAAAUUUUCGCUCCUCAAAAAAGUCGGUCUGUAAGGAAACCAAAAGCUUUAGCAUCGAGGGAGAUUAGUGAAUUGGGUCCUAGGCAAAGAAUUAAGAAGAAAUUCACGAAUGAUGGUGAAGGGGGAUAUACUAUGGCUCACGGUGAGCAAGGGCAAGUUAUAAAUACGACUAUAGUGAAUGAGGAACCUGCAAAAGCGAAAACUUACCUAAAGAAACCUACGAUAAGGUUGAUUUAUUGUAGGCCCUUCACUGUAGACAAUCCGCAAAAAUUCGGCGUUAAAAUACGAUUAUCUACCUUACUUCUCAUGGAUUUUCACGCCCAUACUUACUUGACCGAAGUUAUGGGACUGGUAGGCGGUUCCUGGGAUUCCCAGGGGAAAAUUCUAACAAUUUCCUGCUAUGAACCCUGCAAAAACAUAGCUUCUUCCUCAACGCACUGCGAUAUGUGUCCAAUAUCGCAAGCCAGAGCUGCAGAAAGCAUUCACAAUGCUAAUUUGGAUAUUCUAGGUUGGUUUCAUUCGCAUCCAACGUUUGCUCCAGAGCCUUCACAGCAGGAUCUGGACACUCAGCAAAUGGUUCAGCAAUGGAUAGGGCACAGCAAGCCGUGUAUAGGGGUUAUUUUGUCCCCCUUUAGUUCGAACGGAGCCCUAAUUUCUUCGCCUUUUCGCUGUUUGGUGGUGGGUAAAAAGCCGAACUUUGAGGAUCAAUUGGUGCCUUUCAGGCUCAAAGUUAGCGUAAUACCUGACGAAUUCAAUAAGACAGAAUUUUUUAAUAAAAUGAAACGGAUCCUUCACACAGAAGAGGGACAUCUCAAGGACAAAAAAUUAGACUUUGACAAACCCUAUUUUCAGGAUUUGAACAUAACUCAUCUGGAAAAGUUUAUCUCUAGUGUGAACAUGCACUUGGCCAAAUAUAAAUCGGCAUCGGCGGAAAAUGAAACAGACAGUCUCCUUCGAGGUAUGAAAGAUGUAUUGACACAGUGAUAAUUUGUAUUGACACAGUGAUCGACACAGUGAUAACAAACACUUUAAAUAAAAAUAAAUAUAUAAAAUAUAAAUACAGGAAUAAUAUAAUUAAUCGUACUAAUUUUUUUUUUAUUAAAUAUCGUAGGUCCAUACGAUCGAAAAAAAAAUCAAGUCAUAGAAGGCUCGGGAACGACAACCGGUGAUAAUUUUGGCUAGGUCAAGCCCUAUAGUCAUCGUUUACUUGGCCCGUACUCUUCCGUAUCUUUUAA